CAAUCCCCCAAGAUUCUUGAAAGUUAUCUAUUGUGUCCAUCAAUGAUUUCGCACAGUGUCUCGUCAGAUCUGUCAGCAUGAUAACCUGGAUGUUUCCGUGAGGCUCCGUUUCACUUCGCAGUUAAUCCUACGUCACUACUUCGACUUGUGCCUAACGAGUGAUAAAUAAAUUGCGCUCAAAUGAAUCCCCAAUACUAUAAAGUUUUGACUCUGGACAUACAUAAAUCACAAGAUCACUGCAUCUGUACCUAAGUUAAUCAAUAGAUAGUCCCCUCACCUAAACAGAGCUAUCCCGCCUAAGCGACAUAGUCACCACAAUGUCCGAAGUUCCAGCCCCAGCAGCGGCGACGACAACAGCAACCGCCUCCUUCCCGCCCAGCGAACUCCACGACAUCCUAUCCCAAGUAACCGCACUCCUCAAGCAACGCCAAGAGACCGUAUCCGUCGCCGAGACCGCCGCCGGCGGGCUCCUGAGCGCCAGCAUCCUCUCGCAGCCCGGCGCAUCGGAGAUUUACAGAGGCGGGCUGACGCUCUACACGCUGCCCUCACGGGUCGCCUACGCGGGGUGGACGGCGGAGGACACCGCGAACUACCGGGGCCCUUCGACGGCCAUCGUCGCGGGCCUGGCGAGGCAUGUGCGGGGGGACCUGGGGAGUACGUAUACGCUGGCCGAGAGCGGGACGGCGGGGCCGACGGGGGGAAACACGCCGAACCGGAGACCCGGGUAUGUGGCGUUGGCGGUGGAUUGUGAGAGAGGCACGUUUGUGAGGGAGGUGGAGACCGGGUUGGGCCCGGAUCGGACAGGGAACAUGGUGAGGUUUGCGGCGGAGGGGUUGGUUUUGUUGAGGGAUGUGAUUUCGGGGGAGGCGAAGUUGUGAAAGGAGUUCAUGAUAUGCUAGUGUUAUAAAGUACAGUAUUGGCAACUGCCUCGUGUGAGACCAAUUUUGAGAAAACCCGCAAUUCGUAAGGGAUGACCUUGCUGCGCCAUUCGCCGACCCGGAUGCCGCUGUCAAAAAAGACUUCAACAAGAAUCGAGAUGAUCAAGCUUGUGCCACCUCCAUCAAUUCACA